AUGAAUUCGCGAAAGAAAUAUAGUUCAUGUGAAUACAUCCAGACAUUACUCCUAUUAGCCUAUGGUAUAGCCAGUGCAAGUGCUCCUGUAGCCUAUGGUAUAGCCAGUGCAAGUGCUCCUGUAGCCUAUGGUAUAGCCAGUGCAAGUGCUCCUGUAGCCUAUGGUAUAGCCAGUACAAGUGCUCCUGUAGCCUAUGGUAUAGCCAGUGCAAGUGCUCCUGUAGCCUAUUGUAUAGCCAGUGCAAGUACUCCUGUAGCCUAUGGUAUAGCCAGUGCAAGUGCUCCUGUAGCCUAUGGUAUAGCCAGUGCAAGUAAUCCUGUAGCCUAUGGUAUAGCCAGUACAAGUACUCCUGUAGCCUAUGGUAUAGCCAGUACAAGUACUCCUGUAGCCUAUGGUAUAGCCAGUGCAAGUGCUCCUGUAGCCUAUGGUAUAGCCAGUACAAAUACUCCUGUAGCCUAUGGUAUAGCCAGUGCAAGUACUCCUGUAGCCUAUGGUAUAGCCAGUGCAAGUACUCCUGUAGCCUAUGGUAUAGCCAGUGCAAGUACUCCUGUAGCCUAUGGUAUAGCCAGUACAAGUACUCCUGUAGCCUAUGGUAUAGCCAGUACAAGUGCUCCUGUAGCCUAUGGUAUAGCCAGUACAAGUACUCCUGUAGCCUAUGGUAUAGCCAGUACAAGUGCUCCUGUAGCCUAUGGUAUAGCCAGUGCAAGUACUCCUGUAGCCUAUGGUAUAGCCAGUGCAAGUGCUCCUGUAGCCUAUGGUAUAGCCAGUACAAGUACUCCUGUAGCCUAUGGUAUAGCCAGUACAAGUGCCCCUGUAGCCUAUGGUAUAGCCAGUACAAGUGCUCCUGUAGCCUAUGGUAUAGCCAGUGCAAGUGUUCCUGUAGCCUAUGGUAUAGCCAGUACAAGUACUCCUGUAGCCUAUGGUAUAGCCAGUGCAAGUGCUCCUGUAGCCUAUGGUAUAGCCAGUGCAAGUGCUCCUGUAGCCUAUGGUAUAGCCAGUGCAAGUACUCGUGUAGCCGGUUCUGUAUUUGUAUGA